UUUCAGGUCAUCCAAGUAAGAUGUUUUAUAUUUGUUUCAGAAUGCUUCAAUCUAUAAUAACUGAAAAUUUCAUUCAGUUCUCUUGAUUUUUAAGAAAGUUAUGGGCUUUUGACUGUCCUCGAUCACAGCUUUGUGUUAAGUCAAUGGAAAAGCAAUAGGGAAGAAGAUGCUAAUUUCCGAGUAUGAAAAUGGCCAUAACUUUUUUAAUACUGAAUAUAUGAAAGUGAAUUAGGUGCCAAAUUAAACUUCUUUUUAUGCUUUAUCUGAUGGGAUAAAUUGCAGACUUGAUUUUUUAAAUCUCAAAAUGUUGUAACAUAUAGUGUGUUCCAGAUUACAAACAUCCUCUGUGGUGAGACAAAUAGCCAGGGUUACAAGUUGAUGACGUUUCAUCAGAAUUGGUUGCAAUAGAUCACUAACCUGAAAGUUAACUCUGUUGCUCCACAGCUAUUGUUUGAUCAGCUGAGUAUCUACAGCAUUCUCUGCUGCAAAAUUGCAAAAACAAUGAAUUAAUUAUUAAGUAGGAACAAGGAACGACAGACGCUGGUUAAUACACAAAAGUACACAAAGUUGCUGGAGUAAAUCAGUGGGUCAGAAGCAUCUCUGGAGAACAUGGAAAGGUUCCAUUUCAGAUUCAGACCCUUCGAUAGUUAUCCACGUUCUCCAGGGAUGCUGCUUGAUCCGCUGAAUUAAUCUAGCACUUUGUAAUUAAUUAUUAAGCCCGUUGUGUCACUUUGAGGCUAUGAAGAAUAAGUCUUAAAUGCAAAUUCUUUCCUGAUGAAAAAGAUUGGUCUGGCACAUGGAACAGGUCUUUCGGUCCACAAUGUCUGUGCUGAACAUGGUCAGGUUAAACUAAUCUUCUCUGCCUGCAUGUAAUUCAUGUCCCUCCAUUCUCUGCAUAUCCAUGCGCCUGUAUAAAGGUCUCUACAAUGCCACUAUUGUAGCUGCCUCCACCACCUGGCAGUGCUUUCUAAGCAUUCACCACUCAGUGUGUAAAAAGAAAACUUACUCAGCACAUCAGCCUUAAACUUUGCUCCUCUAGCUUUAAAGCUAUGCACUCUAGUCUUUGCCAUUUCCAUCCUGGGAAAAACGUUCAGAUUGUUUAUCCAAUCUAUGACUCCCAUAAUAUUAUAUACUUCUAAUAAGUUUCUGCUGUAAUGGGCAGCACAGUGGCGCAGCAGUAGAGUUGCUACCUUACAGUGCCAGAGACCCGGGUUCGAUCCUGACUAUGGGGCUGUCGGUACGGAGUUUGUACAUUGUCGCUGUGACAGCAUGGGUUUUCUCCAGGUGCUCCGGUUUCUUCCCACACUCCAAAAACAUGCAGGUUUGUAGGUUAAUUGGCUUCUCUAAAUUGUCCCUUGUGUGUGGCAUAGAACAAAUGUAUGAUUGAUUGCUGGUUAGCACACUCAGUGGGCCAAAGGGCCUCUUUCCACACUAUAUCUCUGAACUAAACUCAAUCUCUGACAUUCCAGAGCAAACAAUCUAAGACUCAUCUAACUCCCCCUGGCCUAUUUUAACAAAAGGUCCACCCACAUUAAAAUUCUGAAAAUAGGUUCCUAGUGGCCAAUGAUCUGUUGGUGUUGACGGAAAUCUAUAAAGAAGAACAAAGUGCUGGAGUGCUGAAGCCAAUUAACCUACAAACCUGUACGUUUUUUCCAUAGAAAACCCACAUAGUCACAGGGAGAAAGUACAAACUUCGCACAGACAGCCGCAAGUCUACCGCUGAACCACUGUGCCAACUGAACAAUAGUAGACUGCAAUGCAACCAAUGCUCAAUAUACAUGCGUGUUUGGCUGCUUCCCACUGAUGUGAACACUCAGGCUCGUGUUUCAUUUCAACAGAAAUUAAAAUCAUAUGUUGUUUUUCUCAACAGGCAGUUGAUAUGCGGCUCCAGUCUUGUACCUGGCUGUCAUACUGAAAAUUAUGCAUCUGUAGACAUCCUCCUAACUGACUAAAGCACAGAGAAAUAAAUCUCUGUCUGGAGUUUAAAGACCCCCUCUUGGAACGCAGCAAGUUUAAGAACACAACGACCAAAAAAAAUGGAUAAUUCCAGUGCAGGAUAUGAAGACUAUUUGUUAAAUGAGUACACUACUUCUUUUGAUUAUGAAGAUGUGGAAUUCUUGUGUCGCACGAGUGACGACAAGAGACUUUCAUCGCUGUUCAUUCCGAUUUUUUAUUCAAUCAUCACUGUCAUUGGCAUAAUCGGCAAUGGUUUGGUAGUGAUCACCUACAUGUUUUACAAGAAAGUUAGGACUAUGACUGACAUGUAUCUGGUGAAUUUGGCCAUUGCCGAUAUACUGUUUGUGGUUACCUUGCCAUUCAGGGCUGUGGACGUCUCUGGAGGUUGGAUUUUUGGAGAUGUUGGGUGUAAAAUUUUGAUGGGCAUAUACAGUAUCAACUUCAACAGUGGCAUGUUAUUGCUAGCUGUCAUUAGCAUUGAUCGAUAUGUUGCUAUAGUUCAUGCAACAAAGUAUUUUAAUUACAAGGGAAAGGCACUGGUUUACAGCGAAAUUAUUUGCACAGUCAUCUGGAUCGCUGGAAUCGUUGUAUCAAUGCCGACAUUCAUUUUUAGCACAAGUUACGAGUUUAACACAACAGGAAAAAAGGUGUGCGAGCUUCGAUACCCAAAAAGCUAUUCAAAUAUAGGGAAAACAGUUGCUACAACAAUACAACUAACACUCGGCUUCUUUAUACCUCUGUUCAUCAUGGUCUGUUGUUACUCUCUGAUAAUUAAAACGCUUCUCCAAGCUCGAAAUUUCCAGAGGCAUAAGGCUUUACAGGUUGUAAUAGCUGUGGUGGCAACUUUUGUAAUUUGUCAAGUGCCAUACAAUGUGGUUGUAGUUUAUGACCUAUUUUGGACAGAGAGCUGCGAGGUAUUCAAGUUGAUGGCAAUUGUCCGCACGGUGACAAAAUCCUUUGCCUUUUUCCAUUGUUGCUUGAACCCUGUCCUCUAUGCCUUUAUUGGCGUUAAAUUCAGGUUUUAUUUUUUGAAGAUUCUCCAAGAUAUCUGGUGUUUAAGCAAAUGGAACAUUUCUGCAAGGCCUUCCAGUGAAACAUUUGUGUCAAGGCGUACAUCUGGCUUUGAUACUGACAACCUAUCAUCUUUUACUGUAUGAUUAUCAGUGUUUUUUUUAUCUAUGCAUAUCCUAAGACAAAUUUCACAACAAGCAUUUAAGUGUAUUUUGUAUCACCUCUUCUCCUUUCAAAUUUUAUAUACUGCUUAAAUAGUCAAGACUAAAGCGAGUUUAAUUGUCAUCUGUACUGACAAUGGAACAAUGAAAUUUUUACUUGCAGCAGCAUAAUAUAGUUACAAGUCUAGUUACUCACUCUCUCCACAGACCAUUUAUAUUUUGUCCUUUCUGUGAAUCUAUUGAUUAUGUUUAUGAAGAUUCACGAGCAAAUGACUUCCACAGAAAUAAAGCUGUAUAAAUGUUCUGUUCCUUAGUACAAAAUAUAUCCGGGGUUUCAAACUUGCUACCCAUAAAAAUUAAAUUCCGAUGAGAUUGUGUUUUACGAUUUUUCACAGUUUAAAAGCAGUGCAUUUUAAUGAAAGGUAUUUAAGAGAUAGUAGAAAAAUAUUUGUAAUCUAGUAGCACAGUUGGGUACAUUACAGAUUUUCACACAGUGAUCCGACUUGCAAGAUCCACAUCACACCAUUGUGGUAAACGAAGGAUACUGCGAAAACCCAGAACAGCACCCAGCAUCUCCUCCCGAAUGUAGAAGUCUGUGGUGUAGAUUUUGUCUAUUUUGUAGUGAGGGGGCCACAAAAGAAUAAGGGGAAGGAACAAGCCCAUGAUUGAUGUUAGGAAAGGCUGGGAAAAGUCCACAGCUGGACUCCAGCUUAGUUUUGCAUGUUUUGACAAUGCCCCAGAGUUUUUGGUAGAGAUGACCGUAUUUUGCAAUAUAAUCAGAAUUGAUAAAUUUGCCGGCACAAUAGCGCAACAGUAGAGUUACUUACAGCAGCAGAGACCCUGGUUUGCCUGAACUCGGAUGCUGUCUGCAUGGAGUUUGCACGUUCUCCCUGUGACCGCCUGGGUUUUCUCUGGGUGCUCCGAUUUCCUCUCACACUCCAGAAAUGUGCAGGUUUGUAGGUUAAUUGGCUUCUGUAAAUUGUACCUAGGUUGUAGGAUAGACCUAGAAUACGGGCGCAUGGCCAGAGGGCCCGUUUCCAUGCUGUACCUCUAAACUAAAUUAUAAAUAAAUCAGGGUAUGGUAUGGUAUUUUAUUUGUCACAUGUACUGAGGUACAGUGAAAUUCAUUUUUGUAUACAGUUCAGUAAAACGAUAACUAUACAUUUUAGAUGGGCAUCUCAGAUACAGUACUAGUAUAUAGCAGUAGUACACUGAGACCGUAUACAGAGUCACCAGUUUGGCCCCAUUUUCAAGUCCCAGUUGUUGUAAGCGCAAGGUUCUUGACCUGAACAUCUGAGCCCAUUGCAGUGGUGGUGUUGCAGGGUUGGCCUGGCCUGAAGAGAACGUGCAGUCUUCUACACCUCUGUUGAAAGUAGGUUAUGAACAUUUCCAGGAUGUACAUAAUGUUGUUAUCGCAAGAGAAAGAUGUUAUCUAAGUGGAGGCACAUAAUGAGUCAUUGUUUAAUUUUGGAUGAAAUGUAUUCUGGCUACACUUGCAUCCCCUCUCUCUCUCCGUCCCUCCCCGCUCAAAUCAUUGUUCCAGCUUCAAAGCUGUCUUGUUGAGUCUCAUUGUCUGUGAUUCGUUUUCAUUUAACCCACAGAUAACAAUGGCCCGUUUCCUUUAUCAUUGUUACUUUUUUGCAAAUCUUUCAUUCAUUUGCUCUACAGUAUAUCUCUCUAUAUCACCAUCUAUGUCUCUUGUUUCGCUUUUCCAUGACUUUCAGACUGAUGAAGGGUCUCGACCUGAAACAUCAUCUAUUCCUUUUCUCCAGAGAUGAUGUCUGACCUGCUGAGUUACUCCAGCUUUUUGUGCCUAUCUUGUCAGUAAUUAUGUUAGUUCAAAUUUCUGGCUAUUUUUGAGAUGAGCAAUGCUAAUAUUCUGACUGUUAAACAGACUGUUAACAUUGGAUUUCUCUGCAAGAUGUUACGGGCUAUUUAGUGAGUUGAAUGAAAUCCCAAAUGUUAUUCGUCUCCUCCGUUACGUAAUGGAAUUGUAAUUUUCAUUGUCUUUAUUUUGAUUGUCGGACCACCCACAUGUCACUAGCAUUAUGUAGGUGCACAAGCAAUGGAGGACUUAUCUUUCUCGGGAACUCUGCAUUGAAAUGGACUGCACACCUUGCAAAGGUCCUUUCCUCGGCCACACUGCUGUGGGGAAUGCAGACCUGAGGCCAACCAUCUCCAACAGAAGAAUACAAAGAAGUAACAGAAGGAGAUGUACCAUAGCGGUUUUCUUCAUAACCAUAUGGAUAAUGUCUGUAUUGACUGGAGUCAAGACUAAUGCAAGCUGGAAACCAGAUGAGUAAAAGCCCAUUCUUUAAAUUAAAAAUGGAGGUGGUACUGUUUUCUUU